UAUCCGACCAGGGCAGCUAUCCUUAUGCAGAUGCGAUUUGAUGGUGUGAUUGGGUUCCCAGGAGGUCUGGUUGACCCAGGAGAGGACCCUGUUGAGGCUGCCAAUAGAGAAAUGGUGGAGGAGGUUGGCCUUGACCUUACAAAACAUUCCAUAUCCAAGGAUAACCACAUCACGUCCUUCUUCAACGCCAGAAAGAGUCUUGUUCUCCACUUCUUUGGUUUGGAAGUCACACUGGGAGAAUUCUGCGAUAUUGAGCGGAGGAACCUGCAGGCACCAGACUAUGGGUCAGAGGUAUUGUUUUAUUAUUCAAUUCACCAAGACAUUUAAAGUUUCACAUGAGUGUCACAAAAGUGUUUGUCUUAUUUCAACAAGAUCACUGGAAUGUACAAAUUGUAUUACCUCUGUGUCACAAGAUAAUUUAUUUUCUGAUAUCACCACAAUAUUUUUGUUUGACA